AUGGGUUUUAGUAUACUAGAGCGUAAUCGAUUAGACCGUUACGAGUUUGAAAUUUUCAUUGGUGAAGUUAAUUUUACGGGAUUUAAUGAAGAAUUAGAAAACUGCGAUGCAAAUAACAAAAAUGUUUUAGAUGAAUCUGGUUCAAAAAAGAAGUAUCAAGUAAAAAGUAUACCUACCAUAAAGGAAUUGUUGGAUAAUAUAUCUCAAUUGAACAUAUCCAAUUAUGAUAAAAUUGAGGAAGAUCCUGAAGACCAAUGCUCAACAUAUUAUGAUGAUUUUGAAUCAAAUAAGUCGCUUACUGAUAUCGUUAAAUCACUUACCGAACGGAAUCCUUUGGAAUUAAUAAUUCGUGAAGACUUACAAGACAGUCAAAUACAAUUAGGCACUGUGUCCGUCAUGCUCAGCAGUUCGUUAGGGUUUACUAGUGCAAUAUGUAGCCAUUUUUUUGAAAAAGGUUACGAUCCAUAUGCACAUACUGUUGAAAACGAAUACGAAGUGAAAAAUAUGGAUGGUAGUCAGACCAUUAGGGAUAUGUUUGUGCGUUUGAAGCUAACGUGUCACGGACCCGAAACAAUGCAAGUCAAUCAAAUUGUAUUAAAAUCAAACGAACCGAAACUACAACCCAUAUUCACCGAUAGCGAUCCAUUUGGCUUUCAUUUAAAAAAACCUAUCAAAUCUCCACCAACGAUGAUGUAUGACAAUAUAAGCAAAUGUAUGGGAAAAAUACAAGUAUUUAACCCUGAAAUAAGAGAACUUCUCGACUUCCAAAGGACCCAAGAAGUAAAAGAAAAUAAAUCAUGCGUUUUUCCUUGUAAAGGAUUGAUAGGAAACGUAGAAACAAUUUUGUUUGACGGUACAAAACGAUUUGACGUCUCGAUGUGCAAGUCAAACCUAGAAGUAAACCAAGCCUGCAGCAGUGUUAAAACUCGUGGAUCAGUGAAUUCGGCCAAAGUAGAAAACUGCAAUGAUUGUAAUACGGAGAAGAAAUCAAUAUAAAUAUUUUGCGAUUGAAAUAGUAUUAUGAAAUGUUUUGAAAAACAAAAAAUAAAAAAUAUCUGCCUUAAAAUAUUACAGCUUGAGUGCGGAGAGUAUGAAAUACUAUAAAUAAUAUAUUUGAUGUUUUAUAUUUAAUUGAUAACGAUGUACAAUGAAAAGAAAUCGCUAAUUUUACGCCAAGUCUUUAUUGGUAAAAACAAAAAUUAC